AUGACCGCUAUAAAUGCUAUUGCUCCCAACUCGGCAGCCCCAGUUCGCCCAGAACUCAACCGUUUUACCAACGGUCUCAUCGUUCCCGCUGCUCCAGUCACUUUCCCUACUUUACGAGAAGAUGGAUCAGAAAUGAGUGACGCCAUUCUCGAGCUCAUCGAUGGGACUGCCUACCGGGGCAUCAGCUUCGGUGCUGAGGGCAAGAGUGUCUCAGGAGAAUGUGUCUUCCAAACUGGUAUGGUCGGAUACACUGAGUCCUUGACGGACCCUUCUUACGAGGGUCAGAUUCUGGUAUUGACCUACCCACUCGUCGGGAACUACGGUGUUCCUGCGCGACCCACAAAAGCAGAGCUGGAUGCGAUUCCCGCCGAAUUCGAAUCUUCCCGCAUCCACAUCGCUGCACUUAUCGUUGGCUACUAUUCAGAGGACUUCAGCCACUUCCUUGCAAAAUCUUCUCUCAGCACAUGGCUGAAGGAGAAUGGAGUUCCUGCCCUAUUUGGCGUCGACACUCGCGCCCUCACCAAAAAAAUCAGAGAGAAGGGAUCCAUGCUCGCCAAGGUGUUAGCCCGCACCACAGGCCCAGGAACCAGUCGUCCCCUUGAUCUUUCUGCCACCGCGGCUCUUUCCUCGGUGCCAUCAACGCCUUACCCAUGGCGCGAAGAAUUCAUCGACAUUCCUUUCUCAAACCCCAAUGAACAGAACCUGGUUGCGGCAGUGUCUAUUUCGGCGCCCCGUUUGUUCAAACCCACAUGCAAACCUCGUCUUCAUCCCUCCGGUCGCCCGUUACGCGUUGUCGCCAUCGAUGUUGGGAUGAAAUACAACCAAAUUCGAUGCUUUCUGGCGCGCGGCAUUGAACUCAAGGUGGUUCCUUGGGAUUACGACUAUCUGAACGAUUCUGAGCCUUAUGACGGUUUGUUUGUUUCCAACGGACCUGGCGACCCUUCAGUCUUGGGACCUACUAUUUCGCGACUUGCGAAGGCCAUGGAGAAGAGCGAUCGCCCUAUUUUUGGUAUCUGCCUUGGUCACCAACUGCUGGCAUUGGCUGCUGGAGGCACAACCUCGAAGAUGAAGUACGGUAACCGUGGACAUAAUAUUCCUUGUACCGACGCCCUUUCGGGACGGUGCUAUAUCACCAGUCAAAAUCACGGUUAUCAAGUAGACACUGGAUCGCUCCCUACUGGAUGGAAGGAACUUUUCAAGAACGCGAAUGAUGGUAGCAACGAGGGCAUUUACUGCGAGGACAAGCCCUUUUUCUCCGUCCAGUUCCAUCCUGAGUCGAAUGCUGGUCCUCGCGACACGGAAUUCCUUUUCGACGUUUUCAUCCAGAGGGUUGAGGACUGCGCCGUCACUGGAGCCAUGACCCCCAUCUCUAUGCCUGGAGGUCAAAAGGAGGACAAUGACAGACGUAUUCCUCGCGCUAAGGUCAACAAGGUCAUCAUCCUCGGAUCUGGUGGACUGUCUAUUGGUCAGGCCGGCGAAUUCGAUUACUCAGGCUCCCAGGCGAUCAAGGCUCUUAAAGAAGAGGGUAUCUAUACCAUCAUGAUCAACCCCAACAUCGCUACCAUUGCCACUUCCAAGGGCCUCGCUGAUAAGGUUUACUUCCUACCCGUUACAGUCGAGUUCGUCCGGAAGGUUAUCAAGUUCGAGAAGCCGGACGGUAUCUAUGUCACCUUUGGUGGACAGACCGCUCUCAGCGUCGGUAUCGGUCUCAAGGAUGAAUUUGAAGAGCUCGGAGUCCAAGUUCUCGGAACACCCAUUCAGACCAUCAUCACCACCGAAGAUCGCCAGCUUUUCGCCUCUGCCAUGGAGGAGAUUGGAGAGAAGUGCGCCGAGAGUCAUACCGCGACCACGCCCGAUGAAGCUGUCGCUGCUGCCCAAGCAAUUGGUUUCCCUAUCAUCGUUCGUGCAGCGUAUGCGCUCGGAGGCCUGGGCUCUGGUUUCGCGCAGGACGAGGCGCAGCUCCGUGCUCUGUGCAGCAAAGCUUUCGCAACUAGUCCUCAGGUCCUCGUGGAGAAGAGUAUGAAGGGGUGGAAAGAAAUCGAGUACGAGGUUGUCCGUGAUUGCAGAGACAACUGUAUCACCGUUUGUAACAUGGAGAACUUUGAUCCUCUUGGUAUCCACACCGGCGAUUCCAUUGUUGUUGCACCCUCGCAGACCCUUUCCGACUCCGACUACAACAUGCUGCGAACGACCGCUAUCAACGUCAUUCGCCACCUUGGUGUUGUCGGAGAGUGCAAUAUUCAGUAUGCUCUGAAUCCGACGUCUCAAGAAUAUUGCAUCAUCGAGGUUAACGCUCGUCUUUCUCGUUCAUCGGCGUUGGCUUCAAAGGCCACUGGUUACCCUCUAGCUUUCAUCGCCGCCAAACUUGGUCUCGGAAUUCCUUUGAACGAGAUCAAGAACUCGGUGACUAAAGUUACCAGUGCAUGCUUCGAACCCAGUUUGGAUUACUGCGUGGUUAAGAUCCCUCGCUGGGAUCUCAAGAAGUUCAACCGCGUCAGCAGGCUUCUCAGCAGCAGCAUGAAGAGUGUUGGUGAGGUCAUGAGUAUUGGUAGGACAUUUGAGGAGACAAUUCAGAAGGCUAUCCGUGCGAUUGAUGAUCAAUUCUCUGGAUUUGCGAAGAACGAUUUCGUCGAGAACAUCGAUGAGGAAUUGGUCAAUCCUACGGACAAGCGUAUCUUUGCCAUCUCGACCGCUUUCCAUCGCGGAUACAGCGUUGACAAGAUAUGGCAAAUGACCAACAUCGACAAGUGGUUCCUCAACAAGUUGCAGAACAUUUUCAACAUGGAGAAAACCCUGUCGACUUGCACCGUUUCCAACUUGCCUACUCAGCUCUUGCGCCACGCUAAGCAAUACGGUUUCUCUGACCGUCAAAUUGCUGGAUGCAUAGGUUCCACUGAGCUCGCAGUCCGCAGGCUUCGUCAGGAAUCCGGCAUUGCUCCUUUCGUCAAGCAAAUCGACACUGUCGCUGCAGAGUUCCCAGCGUUUACCAACUACCUCUAUACCACUUAUAACGCUAUUGAGCACGACGUCAAAUUUAACGACCGUGGUGUUAUCGUUCUUGGAUCUGGUGUUUACCGAAUCGGUUCCUCGGUCGAGUUCGAUUGGUGCGCUGUCCGUGCCAUCCGAACCCUUCGCGAACAGGGUCUCCCCACCGUCAUGGUCAACUAUAACCCCGAAACUGUCAGUACCGACUACGACGAGGCUGAUCGCCUAUACUUCGAGAAUAUUAGCUUGGAGACGAUCUUAGAUAUCUACGACGUUGAAAGCGCCCGCGGUGUUAUCCUGUCCAUGGGUGGCCAAACGCCCAACAACAUUGCUCUGCCACUUUACCGCCAGAAUGUCAAGAUCUACGGAACUUCUCCAGAGAUGAUCGACAUGGCCGAGAAUCGAUACAAGUUUUCGCGUUUGCUUGACGAAAUUGACGUCGACCAACCUUUGUGGAAGGAAUUGACUAGUUACGAGGCCGCAGCCGACUUCUGCGAGAAGGUUGGCUACCCUGUGCUCGUACGCCCUUCUUACGUCCUUUCGGGUGCGGCAAUGAACGUCGUAUCCACCAACGACGAUCUGGCGAACUACCUGACUCAGGCCGCAGAAGUAUCGCGCGACCACCCCGUCGUUAUCUCCAAAUACAUCGAGCAGGCGAAGGAAAUCGAAAUGGACGCGGUUGCGAAGGAUGGCAAGAUGAUCAUGCACUACAUCUCCGAGCACGUCGAAAACGCUGGUGUGCACUCUGGCGAUGCCACGCUCAUCCACCCACCACAGGACCUCGACCCCCAGACCGUGCGCCAGAUCGAAGAGGCGACCGCCAAGAUCGGCAAUGCGCUUAACGUCACUGGUCCGUUCAAUAUCCAGUUUAUUGCAAAGAACAACGAAAUCAAAGUUAUCGAGUGUAAUUUGCGUGCAGCGCGUUCGUUCCCAUUCGUGUCGAAGGUGACUGGUGUGGAUGCGAUUGAGAUGGCGACAAAGGUUAUGCUUGGUAUCCCGGUCGAAGCAUACCCUGAUCUUGGACUCCCUGCGGAUUAUGUUGGUGUCAAGGUUCCUCAGUUCAGUUUCAGUCGUCUGUCGGGAGCAGACCCUGUGCUGGGUGUGGAGAUGGCCUCGACCGGUGAGGUUGCCUGCUUCGGACACGACAAAUAUGAAGCGUACCUCAAGGCGUUAAUUUCGACUGGUAUCGUCCCCCCCAAGAAGAACAUUCUCUUCUCAAUUGGAAGUUAUAAGGAGAAGUUGGAGAUCUUGCCUUCGGUUCAGAAGCUCAGCGCUGCUGGAUACAACAUCUUCGCUACUUCUGGUACUUCAGAUUUCUUGACCGAGCAUGGCGUUCCUUGCAAGUACCUCGAGACCCUUGGAGAGGACAGCCGCGACAAGCAGAAGUCAGAAUAUUCUUUGACUCAGCACUUGGCCAACAAUCUCAUCGAUAUGUACAUCAAUUUGCCGUCGAAGAAUCAUUACCGUCGUCCAGCUAGCUACACCAGUAAGGGUUACCAUACCCGUCGUAUGGCUGUCGACUUUGCUGUGCCUCUCAUCACCAACGUCAAGAAUGCUAAGAUGCUCGCUGAGGCUCUCGUACGCAGGCUCCCUCUGGAUGUCUCUAGCCUCGACUCCAAGAGCUCUCAUCGCACGCACACCUUCCCAGGGUUGAUCAACAUCGGUUCUUUUGUCCCUGGUCUGACGAUGGCCGAUAACAAGGACUUCGCUGCUGCCACUGAAGCUUCACUCAGCGCCGGAUUCACCACCGCGCUCAUCCUUCCAUUCGGCGUGAACAACUCCAUCUCGGAUCGCCAGACACUUGAGCAGGCUCGCUCGAAUGUUAGCGGAGCGGCACAUUGUAACUUUGCGUUCAGCAUGACAGCUACCGCGGCGAAUGCUGGUGCCCUUGACGAGGAGCUGCUCGCUGAGGUCAAAUCGCUCUUCAUCCCUUCGGCAACUCCCUUGUCUGUCGUCGCUUCCCACUUCUCGUCAUGGCCAACUGAGAAGGCCAUUGUUACUGAUGCCAAGAGCUCAGAGCUUGCCUCCAUCUUACUUUUGGCCAGUCUUCACGGCCGUAGCGUCCAUAUCACUGACGUUAGAACUACCGACGAUCUCCUUCUCAUUUCCUUGAGCAAGGCCAAACAGCUCAAAGUUACUUGCGACGUGUCAGUGUUCUCUCUGUUCUUCACUGAAGAAGAAUAUCCAGGCACAGGAAUUCUUCCCACCGCCGCCGCUCAGAAGACUUUAUGGAACAAGCUCGAAGUCAUUGAUGCCUUUUCCGUCGGAACCAUUCCUCACCAGCUCGCAACCGCUCUAGGAAAACCAGCGACUGCUUGGUCCGGUGUUGGUGAAACUUUGCCUCUCUUGUUGUCGGCUGUGAUCGAUGGUCGAUUGACUUUAGAUGACAUCAGAGUCCGCCUACAUGAGAACCCUGCCCAGAUCUUUGGUAUCGCCGAACAAUUCCAGACAAGCGUCGAAGUUGUCAUUGGUCGUAAAUCCAAGUUCGCUGGCGAUGAAAACACCUGGUCGCCUGUCCAGUUUGCUUCUGCAGCUGUCCAUCGUGUUGUUGUCCAUGGCCAGACUUCGUUCUUGGAUGGCACUUUGUUCUCCACCAAUGCUGGUCGCGAUAUCUCCAGCACUCUUUACACUCAUUCUGGCACGCAAGCACCUGCUGCUAAAGAACCGGAGACACCCUACCGCGAGGCUCAUACUGUGCCCAGCAAUGCCAUUGCUCAAUCCGUGGGAUUCCAACAACAACAAGGCCCUGCUUCCCAAGUCUUGUCGCACGUUCAGCUUCACCCUGCUUUCCACCGACGCCACAUACUUUCUGUCAAGCAGUUUUCGCAGCGUGAUAUGUACGAUCUUUUCGCCAUUGCCAACGAGAUGCGCCUUCAGGUUGAAAGGAACGGCAGCCUGGAUAUCCUGAAGGGAAAAGUGCUCUGCACUGUGUUCUACGAGCCAUCGACACGUACUAGCUCUUCGUUUGACGCCGCUAUGAAGCGUUGUGGUGGCUCUGUUGUCCAGGUCACUGCGGACACCUCGUCGGUCAUGAAAGGUGAAACCUUGCCGGACACCAUUCGCACUUUGGCUUGCUAUGGAGAUGCUAUCGUCCUUAGGCAUCCUCAGAUGGGCAGUGCUCAGGAGGCUGCUAAAUUCUCUCCCGUUCCUAUUAUUAAUGCUGGAGACGGGAUUGGCGAACACCCCACUCAAGCCCUGCUUGAUAUCUACACCAUUCGUUCUGAGCUGGGUACUGUCAACGGAAGGACCAUCACCCUCAUCGGCGACCUCAAGAAUGGAAGGACAGUUCACAGCCUUGUCACCUUGUUAUGCUUGUACUCUGUCCGCCUUAACUUUGUCUCUCCUCCUUCUCUCGCGAUGCCAUCCAACGUCGUCUCCGCAGCACGCAAGGCUGGCAUCCCUGUCACUAUUUGCGAGUCUCUUGAGGAGGUCCUCGCCGAUACAGACGUCCUAUACGUCACGAGGGUCCAGAAGGAGAGGUUCACGAAUGAGAGCGAGUGGUUGCAGGUCAAGGAUGCUUACCGCAUCGACCACGCUGUUCUCUCCAGGGCGAAGGAGGAGAUGAUCGUUAUGCACCCCUUGCCCCGCGUUAACGAAAUUGAUCCCGAGGUUGAUUUCGACUCCCGCCGUGCAGUGUACUUCCGUCAAAUGCGCUAUGGACUUUUUAUUCGUAUGGCUUUGCUUGCUUCUGUUAUGGCGUAA